AUUCAUUCUCAGUUUCUGGCCCGGCGUGUAAUUUUGUGCCAUUCAUUUUCUGACUUUGAACUAAACAUCAUGCGUUUUUCCGAACCCUAGUUAUUUAGACACGGUCUCUAACUCAUUGUCGCUGUUUGGUGUCCAGAUGGAGAUAAUUCCUAUUUUUCCUCUGACCAUUUCGAUGAAAAUGAGCCACUAGCUCCUUGAGCUUAUUUCCGGACUCAUUGGCAUUUUCCUGUUUGAAACCAGUUUAUUCUCUUUGUGAGUAUGAGUUACUUUAACCCGCCUGUACAGCUGUGACAAACUCCUCUACUAACCGGUUAGUUGCUGCUGGCUUGCACGCUUAACAUCUGUCCGGUCCGACAUGAAAAGAAACGGCGCUUACAGGUUUUUGUCAGUGUUUUCCUGCUUCGUCGUUUGCGCGUUCGUGUUUAUUUUCUGGUUCUUUAUAUUCUAUUCGAUGUUUCAUGUACCAUAAGGAACAGAAACAGGCAGUUGUAGCUGCUAGCUAAGCUAAUCUUGCAUGCUACUUACCCACACUGCAUUGCUCUGUUGACAAGACCCGUGAUCACAUGAUCCUCCGGACCAGGAAGUAAGGAUCUGUGCUUGUAGUUCUUGACUGUGUGGCCUGUUAGUGAAGUUGUGAUGGCAUCUGGCACCAGUGAAGCGGCGUCCUCUACUGCAGACCUCAAGCUGCAGUUUGCACCCUUCAGCAGCGCUCUGGAGGCAGGCUUCUGGCACCAGCUCACUCAGAAGAAACUUAACGACUACAGAUUAGAUGAGAGCCCCAAGUGUAUCAAAGGGUACUACUACAAUGGUGACCCCCUUGGUUUGCCUACACGUCUGACACUGGAGUUCAGUGCAUUUGAAAUUGAUGGACCGACACCAGCCCGUUGUUGCCCAGCUGUUGGAACUCUUUACAACACCAACACACUGGAUGCCUUCAAGACCACUGACAAGAAAGCUCUGCUGGAGAAAGAGGCAAAAGAGAUAUGGGAUGCCAUCCAGUCUGGAGCUGCACUGAAGGACCCGUCCAUUCUCUCCAGAUUCCUUCUACUGACUUUUGCAGAUUUGAAGAAAUACCAUUUCUACUACUGGUUCUGCUUCCCUGCUCUCUGUUUCCCUGAGGGGAUCAAGAUUAUUCAACAGCCUUCUGUGCUUGAACAAGUUUUCUCAGCGAAACAGAUUACAGCCCUGCAGGAGGCUUAUGAUGGCCUGUGUAUCAAAAGGGGGACCACUGCAGUCCCUUACUUUCUAAUGAAGUACACAGAUGAUGCAGUUCAGUUGGGUGAACUGGAAGACUGGGAUGCUUUCUUCAGCAGUACCAAAAAGGUCACUGUGGGUGUCUAUGAUCCUUGUACUCUGUCUCAACAUCCGGGCUGGCCACUAAGAAAUCUGCUGGUCCUCCUGGCUUACCGAUGGGGCUCCAAGCUAGACACAGUGGGGGUGCUGUGUUUCAGGGACAGAACUCUGCAGGGAAGCCGCUCCAUCCAGCACAGUCUCAUCUUCCAGAUCAAACUACCUGAGCUUAUCCUCAACUCAGCAUGUCCUAAGAGUGUAGGUUGGGAGAAGAAUCCUAAGGGAGCAAUGGGACCCCGUAUGGUAAACCUCAGUGAAUGCAUGGACCCGAAAAGGCUUGCAGAGUCAUCGGUGGACCUCAACCUGAAGCUAAUGAGAUGGAGACUGGUUCCAUCCCUGGACCUUGACAAAGUGGUCACCACAAAGUGUCUCCUACUAGGAGCUGGUACUCUGGGCUGCAAUGUGGCCAGGACUCUGAUGGGAUGGGGAGUGAGACACAUCACCUUUGUUGACAACGCAAAGAUCUCCUACUCUAAUCCAGUUCGGCAGCCGCUCUAUGAGUUUGAAGAUUGUCUUGGAGGAGGGAAGUCCAAAGCCAUGGCAGCUGUGGACCGACUCACCAAAAUCUUUCCUGGAGUGAAUGCAAAGGGAUACAAUAUGAGCAUCCCUAUGCCUGGGCACCCUGUGAAUUUCUCUCAGGCCACUCAGUCCCAGGCCCAGAAAGACGUCGAGCAGCUGGAGAAGCUCAUCUCAGAACAUGAUGUGGUCUUUUUAUUAAUGGAUACCAGGGAGAGCCGCUGGCUGCCAACGGUGAUCGCUGCCAGCAAGAGAAAGCUCGUGGUGAACGCUGCUUUGGGUUUUGAUACGUUUGUCGUGAUGCGCCAUGGCCUCAAGGAAACUCCCGUCGGUCAGGGUGUUUCAGCAGGUGCUGACUCCUCCUCCUCUUGCUCAUCUGCUUCCUCCUCGUCCUCCACACCUGCCGGCUCUGUGCCUCAUGUCCAAGGAUCCUCGCUGUUCUCCAACAUCCCAGGGCACAAACUAGGCUGCUACUUCUGCAAUGAUGUUGUGGCACCAGGAGACUCAACCAGGGACCGGACUCUGGAUCAGCAGUGCACAGUCAGUAGACCAGGCCUGGCUAUGAUCGCUGGAGCCUUGGCUGUUGAGAUGAUGGUGUCUAUUCUGCAGCACAGUGAAGGAGGCUAUGCAGUGGCCAGCAGCAGUGAUGACAGAAUGAAUGAACCUCCCACCUCUCUGGGUCUGGUGCCACACCAGAUCCGAGGUUUUCUCUCGAGGUUCGACAACGUCCUGCCUGCCAGCCUGGCCUUUGACAAAUGCACUGCCUGCUCGCCCAUUGUCCUGGACCACUAUGAACGGGAAGGUUUCAACUUUCUGUCCAAGGUUUUCAACUCUUCCCACUCCUUCCUUGAAGACCUGACUGGGCUGACACUGUUGCACCAGGAGACACAAGCUGCAGAGAUUUGGGAUAUGAGCGAUGACGAGAGCAUCUGAAGGACGCGAGGAACAAAACCCUGGAUGGUCUCAACACUCCAAUUCAUGUUUCUGUCUGUUUGUUUUUAAAAGAAUGUCACAUUUACAGGGACAAGAGGAGGAUGAAAGCUUUGUGGACACGGAUGAAACUGAAGUAAUCAAAACCAAACAUAUUUCAAAAACCCUUUUUCAGAAUCUAUCUGAAAAGUUUUAAAUUUUCAAUUAGCCUUCAAUUAGAUACAAGAUGAACCAAAGAAGUGGACCUUCAUUAGAGUAGAGCAGUAAUAUCUUGAAAUCAUGAAUCACUUACUUUUUUAUUUUUCAUGGUUUUUCACUAAACAUUAAAAGAAUUAGAACUUGAACAAGGACAUUUGUGUCCACAUUGUGUCCAUGUCUGUAUGAAUGUACCAGUUCAUGUCAUGUUAAAAUGUCACCUGUCACAUUUGCUCAGUAUUUGGAGUCUAACGCAGCACUUGUUUUGUGUGAAAGUUACCUUUUUUUCUUUAAAACAUCACCUAAUGUUUACAUGUGUGUGGGGUUUGCUCAAGUGUCCUUUAGACAUAUAUCUCUGCUUUGCAUCAGUUUGGAGGAGACACAUUUCGAAACACUAAAAAAACAAACGGUUAACUUUCAAAUCCAUCCAUCUCUCUGUGUGUGUACUGGAAGAUGUGAUACAUGCUAAAACCAGCUUUGUUCUCUAGAAGAUCACAAACUAGCACUCAAAUGUUGCUGUACAGCGACCUAUGUGUUGCUUCUGAUAUGGACACACAAGUUCCUGUGAGUUUAUCCGCCUGGAUCCUGAAAGGUCACACUUUAAUCACAAAGAGUCCGUGGAGAAACUGGUGUUUUUUAUGGUCUGAUGCAUGCCUGUGUUUGUCUGUAAAGUUUGCUUUUCUGCUAUGUCCUACUUGUAUUAUAUGCUAAUGCACAACAUUUUUAGAACAACUGUUGUUAACAUUCACUCAGAUUUGAAGGGAAAGAGUGAAGUCAAAGGUGCCCUGUGGAGUUUGUGACCUGUAGUAGUAGCAAUGUUUUUAUGAAUGAAUCCAUGUCUUGUGUUUUAUCUGGCAACGUGUUUCACAUUCCUGAAAUCAUUUUCACACUCACCUUUAUCCACAGUCUGUGAAAGUGAAACUACAAGGCAAGCAAGGAUAGACAAUGCACAAUCUGACUAGUUAAAAAUAUCUGCACUGCAAAUGUUUUGAAGGGAGAACACUCACCAUGUGUGUUUGACCAGAAUAAUACUCAGUGUGUGUGUUUCUACUUUAAAUGUAAACAUGUCAUUUGUUUCUAAGAAAACUCUGCAGGGCACCUUUAAAGGAUUGUGAGGACAUGCAAACUCAAAUGAAGCACAGAUAUCAGAUUUUUCUCUCAUAUUUUAUUUACAAAACUGAGAUUAAACUCAGGAUUCUGACUUGGUGUUCAUAAUUCUACCUAUUCUCAGCACCAGUUGUCUGGCAUUUUUCAUUUUCUGUAAGUAUUUCACCAAAAACUGGAAUAAAAGUCUCUUUAAUAUUA